AUGCCCUGUGGUUCUGAUUAUCUCUUUUUGGGGGUAGCUGAUUAUCUCUUUUUGGGGGUAGCUGAUUAUCUCUUUUUCGAGGUAGCUGAUUAUCUCUAUUUCGAGGUAGCUGAUUAUCUCUUUUUCGGGGUAGCUGAUUAUCUCUUUUUCGGGGUAGCUGAUUAUCUCUUUUUCGGGGUAGCUGAUUAUCUCUUUUUCGGGGUAGCUGAUUAUCUCUUUUUGGGGGUAGCUGAUUAUCUCUUUUUCGAGGUAGCUGAUUAUCUCUUUUUCGAGGUAGCUGAUUAUCUCUUUUUUGGGGAAAGUCAAUUACUUGAUUUACUUUUUAAAUCUCCAUUUCUCUCUCUCUCACUCUCUCUCUCUCUCUCAUUAUUUUCUUGUUUUCUUUUCCUCUUUCUUUUCUCUCAUACUUUUCUAUCUCACUCUGUUUUUACGUGUGUUAUCUGUACUUCUCUCACUCAUUUUUCUCUCUUUCUCUUUCACUUUCUUAUUCUCUCUUUUCGCGCCAUUUCCUUUUCUCACGCAUGCUCCCUUCCCCACUUCUUUUAUUUCUCUCUUUCUUUGUUUCCAAUGGAUCUUUUAUCUUCUAUUUUUUUUUUAUUUCCCUCUUUUCUCUAUCUUUUCUUUAUUGCUUCCUUUCCCUUUAUGUCUGAAAUUCUCUCUCACUUUCUCGACAUUCUUACGAUUUGUAUUUUCCACCGCAGUAACAACAUCUUCUUUUCAUUGACAAUUGGGAUUUGUCCACUAAGAGAUUGGGAAGUUUCGACCAUCGGGAAAUCAGUGGAAGUCUCAAUUCAUUUGAUCCCUUCAUUUAAGAGAAUGCCUGUUUGUUCAAACUAA